UAUUGCAUCACUACCUAGUUCAAAAUAGCUGCGGCGCAUCGGUAUCGAUUAUCGCCGAGCAACAUUUCUCUAAGUAGCUUUUUGAACUUGAAAUUACCUACAAGGAUUCAAAAUGGUUGAAAUCCUCCGAGCCCCCUCACUCGGGCAGGCGUUAUCACCAGGGACGCCCGACAUGAUGGAUCUGUCGAACAGAUUCCUCGAAGUUGAUCUUGGCCCAGCCUCAGAAUCAUCGGCGGCGGCAUUGCAGCAGCAGAAGGGAUCCGCGAAGGAAACAGGGCCCAAGAAGGGCCUUUCUCACGUGCCUCGGCGUGCUUUCACCGCGACUGAGUAUCCGGCAUCAGCCAACACAUCCGCCAUUCUGCGGAAACAAUACCGUCUGCUCACCCCAGUCGGCACACCACGGGCGGUGGCGGAAAAGGCGGAGACAGAUUCGUACUUCGACUCGCAACCGCACGAAUCUGCUUCGAACCCAAUCUCCCCCGCUCCUCGGGCGACAAAUCAUGCUCCGACCACGCGCCCGAUCCUACCAGGGCCGCUACGGUCGUACUCGGUAACCGACGUCGAGCCGGUCCCCUUCACGCACCAGCCGGGCGUAGCGCUCACGCUAGAGGACCUCCCGUCGGAGCUGCACUACGCCAUCUUCGACUUCCUGGACCCGAUCGACAGCACGUGCCUGGGGCUGACGAGCACGCACUUCUACGCGAUCCACAAGCGGAUGCACGGGAGGGUGCCGCUGUCGGCGCGGCGGGAGGGGCCCAACGACAUGGAGUGGGUGUGGCGGAACGCGUUCAUCUCGGGCCCGUUCGUGGCGGGGGGCGGCGGGGGCAAGCAGAACUCGCUCGCGACGCUGUCGCCGCGCGGCCAGGUCUACUGCCGCAAGUGCAAGACCGCGCGCUGCGAGCUGCACAAGCACAUCCGCGAGUGGAUCGGCGGCGACGACGCCGAGUACUGCGAGGUCUCCCAGAAAUUCGGCCCCCCGGCCCCCGAGAAGGCCAAGGCGUUCUGCUUCAGGAGCUCCCCGAAGCACCCGCACCGGUGCGGUAGGCACACGCGACAGCAGCGGGCGGUUCGGCUUGCCUGAGGUGGUUGCCGAUGUGGAAUCAAACGCUUACCUUAUUUCGCAAGGGGAAAAUGAAGUCGACAUAUAUGUUCAUAUCCAUCCAUAUAUGUCAUUGAUUGCAAAGUCGGGAUCGACUUUUAUAUAUCACAAGAUCUAGAAAUGCCUCACACCCACUCGUGCUAUUGGAUCCCUCAUCGAGGGGUCUGCCCACACCGGUGGAAUUGGUCGAGAGGCGUCAGCUGCGGGGUGCGGGUUUAGCAGGGCCAUGUUUUAAGGAUUUGUAUCUGAACGAAUACCUCCCGGUCGGGUUGCC